AUGCCAAAGGAGAAGGCAACCACCCGUGGCUCCAAGAAGGCCGUUGACAAGUCGGCUGGCGGCAAGAAGAAGAAGGACCCAAACAUGCCAAAGCGUGGUCUUUCAGCAUACAUGUUCUUCGCCAACGAGCAACGUGACAAGGUUCGCGACGACAACCCAGGCAUCAAGUUCGGCGAGGUUGGUAAGCAACUUGGCGAGAGAUGGAAGGCCCUUUCCGAGAAGCAGAAGGCUCCAUAUGAGGCCAAGGCUGCCGCCGACAAGAAGCGCUACGAAGAGGAGAAGGCUGCCUACACUGCCGGCGGUGACGAGGAGGAAGACGAGGAGUAG